GAUAACAGUGCUGCACAGGUCAUCUUUUAGAAUGCAUGAGUUUAGGAAUAGCUGGACUGCUGCUGUCAUUUGCGAAAUCUUCAGUUUAUAAUAUUUUUUUCACUUGAGAGUGAACAUAGUGAACAUUUUCUAUUUGUUUGAAGAAUGUAAAAUUUUAUUUGCGACGCUUUAACCUUGGAUAGCUACUAGCUUGCUAGCUUUAGCAGCAGCUGUCAUUCUGCGAGUUUAGCUCCGUGUUCAUUAGUUCACUACGGAUUUAUAAAGCAAAACGUUUCCGUUAAGCCAGCAUCAUGUCACAAGAGGAGCUUUUCCUGGACUCGGGACAGAGUUCCGGGGAUGCGAAGGAGAAGAAAGGCAGAAGUCGCCUCGGCCUGGUGGUCACCGGGGUGGUGGGAGGGUCGCUGGUCGCCCUGUACGCGGUGGCGGCUCCGUUUGUGACUCCUGCUCUGAGGAAAGUCUGCCUCCCGUUCGUACCGGCGACCACAGCUCAGGUGGAGAAUGUCCUCAGGGUGCUGCGGGCAAGAUCAGGGACCCUGGUGGACAUCGGGAGCGGAGAUGGAAGGAUAGUGAUCGCAGCAGCCAAGCAUGGCUUCAAGGCAUCUGGCUAUGAGCUGAACCCCUGGCUGGUGUGGUAUUCUCGCUACAAGGCCUGGAGAGAGGGAGUCCACCGCUCCACCUCCUUCCACAUCUCUGACUUGUGGAAGGUCAGUUUUGCUCAAUACUCCAAUGUUGUUAUUUUUGGAGUCCCUCAAAUGAUGGACCAGCUGGAGCUGAAGUUGGCGAGCGAGCUGCCGAGCACAGCCAAGGUGGUGGCCUGCCGCUUCCCUUUCCCUACCUGGGUCCCUGAACACACCGAUGGGGAGGGCAUAGACACUGUAUGGGUGUACGAUGCCAAGACAUUUAAAUCACACCUGCAACACGGGACGACGAGAAAAACAACAGCAGAUCAGCAGGAGACACCGGAUUUGCACACAUGACAUGCAAACACUAAGUUUUGUUGUGAUCACAUGUUGUAAUCUGGAGAUGGAGGUUUGUUUAAUCCCUGUAGGUGCUACGAAGUGCAUUGAAUGCCCAUCUUUGAGACGGAGCGUGAAGAAAGCAAGAAAAAGAGACUGACUCUGCCCUCAGUGAGCGCUGACACUUGUGUUAAAGUCAGCCAUGUUUAAAGUGGAGUGAUCCACAAAGACAUAUUUGACAUGUGUCAACAACAGACCAAGGGUUAAGCAGAAUGUAAACUGUGAUGAUGUGAGAAAGUCCUGAUAGGAACAAGUGAUACUGGCCAUCAGUGGUUGCAGAUGCAGUGCAAGUUUCAGUCUUUGAAAUCAUUAAAAUCACCUUUUUUGUGGACAGACAAAAAGAUGACAAAUGUGCUGUAUUAUAAAUAAUUUUGUACAGAAAUCUCCUGCACUGUACCACAUUUUUCGCCUUGUGUGUGUCCUUCUAAAUAAAAAUCAACAUGUGGCUCGCU